GACGCGGAGGUCAUAAAUAAGAGGUGGCCGCGGCGCCCGGGGACCAUUCGUCGCGAGGACGCUGACCGGACAACAGCCUCUUCUCUCCUCUACUCUGACCCCUCGGUACCGCCCCGCGCUCAGCCAUGGCACCGCCCGUCGUACCCACGGUGAAGCUCAGCAACGGGUACGAGGUACCCGUCAUUGGGCUCGGCACUUGGAAGUCGAAGCCCGGCGAGGUGACGCAGGCCGUGAAGGACGCCAUAGACGCCGGCUACCGCCACAUCGACUGCGCCAUCACCUACCGCAACGAGCCGGAGGUGGGCGCGGCGCUCAGCGCCAAGAUGGCGGAGGGCGUCAUCAGGCGGGAGGACAUCUUCGUCACCAGCAAGUUGUGGAACACAUGCCACAGACCAGACCUCGUCAUUCCUCAACUGAAGCAGACACUGACAAAUCUAGGAUUGGCGUACGUUGACUUGUACCUUAUUCAUUGGCCUUUUGCAUUCCAGGAGGGCGGCGAGAACAUGCCGAAGGACGCGGACGGCAACGUGAUCUUCAGCGACGUGGACUACGUGGACACGUGGAAGUCCAUGGAGGAGGCCCACCGCCAGAAGCUGGCCAAGAGCAUCGGCGUGUCCAACUUCAACUCGCUGCAGGUGUCCCGGGUGCUGGAGGUGGCGACCAUCAAGCCGGUCAUGAACCAGGUGGAGUGCCACCCGUACCUGAACCAGAAGAGGCUGAUCGAGUUCUGCCGCGCGCGCGGCAUCCAGGUGACGGGCUACAGCCCGCUGGGGUCGCGGGACAGCGUGUUCGCCAAGCCCGGGGGUCGCGAGCUGCUGGACGACCCGGUGCUGGGCCAGCUGGCAGCCAAGCACGGCCGCUCGCCCGCCCAAGUGGCGCUGCGCUACCAGAUCCAGAGAGGCAUGAUCGUGGUGCCCAAGUCGGUGACGAAGAAGCGCAUCAUCGAGAACAUCAGCAUCUUCGACUUCGAGCUGAGCCCGGAGGACAUGGCGCUCGUCGACUCGCUCGACUGCAACGGGCGCAUCUGCAGGGUGGAGCACUCACUGAAACACAAGCACUAUCCGUUCAGCGCCGAAUUCUGAAGAUGCUGCUGCAGGGGGAAAAAAACUGAUGUACCUUUUGUGUCAACUUUAUACGCAAUAAAUAUUACGUAUUUUUA